UUCCUCGGGACAAUAACAACAGAGGGACAAGGACGUGGAGGAUUGCGAAGAAGAGUGUUCCGUUGUUGGGAGAAACGUUGUAGCUAUCCUUCUUCUAUGAAUAAAUGACAUAUAUAAGAUAGAUAAUAGUAAUAACUAUGAAUAUAUUUAGGCUUAUAGGAGACCUUUCACAUUUAUUAGCUAUUCUUCUGCUGCUUUGGAAAAUAUGGAAGUCACGCUCUUGCGCAGGUAUUUCUGGGAAAAGUCAGUGCCUAUUCGCCUUGGUGUUUUUAACGCGAUAUGUUGAUUUAUUUACUUCAUUUGUGUCACUGUACAACACAGUUAUGAAAUGUAUCUUCAUUGCUUCAACAGUGGCAACUUGUUACAUGAUCUUUGUGAAGUUCAAGGCUACCUAUGAUUCGAACCAUGAUAGUUUCAGAGCUGAAUUUUUGAUUGUACCACUUGCUGGCUUAGCAGUACUUCUGAACCACGAGCUUAGCGUAAUGGAGGUUCUGUGGACCUUCUCAAUUUACUUGGAAUCUGUCGCAAUUUUACCCCAGUUGUUUAUGAUCUCGAAGACUGGAGAAGCUGAAAGCAUUACAAGUCAUUACCUUUUUGCCCUCGGAUCAUAUCGUGCAUUGUACAUAUUCAACUGGGGCUAUAGGUACUAUUUUGAAGGAUUCUUCGACCUGAUCGCGAUUGUAGCUGGUUGUGUGCAAACAGUGUUGUACUGUGAUUUCUUCUACUUGUAUGUCACAAAAGUAUUGAAAGGCAAGAGUCUGAAGCUUCCAGCCUAAAGACUUCAAGAAAACACUCAUGUUUCAAUGUGAAGAAAGGUGGCUCAUUUCUUCUGCUCAAGAAGACGACGGGAUGGUGAAAGCGUUGUUGGUCUAAUAUUUGAAACUUUUACGGAUGGAGGCUUUUUGUUUUUAAUAAAUAGUCAAGUUUGUUUAUGAGGACUGGUUAGCAAAAUAUUUGAACAACUAUAAAUAUAUAUAGCUUAAGAGUCGUAAUUUUUCAUUUCUAUAAAUGUUCUUUCCAUAUAUAUAUAUAUAUUUUACUUCUAAAUAACUAACGAGUUAAACGGAACAGUUGAGCUAGAUUAGAAAAAAAAAUUUCAUUCCAACAUGCAGCAUGUACGCAUCGUAUUUUAAGUGUUAUAGUUUUUUUCGCCAAAUAUUUUUUUUUAACUGAAAGGUUUAUUAAUGCUUUCCCUUCUUUCCUCGUCUAUUUAAAGUUUAGUCUACUAGAAAUAAUGAGACGUGGACUUAAUGUUUGUUUAUUAAAAUUUAUUGUCAUAGUGAAUAUUGAUUUAGAACAAAAA